AUGGACUCACUGCCUUCUUUUGCCCCGUGGAAAGUCUCUAAAAUAGAAUUUAAAGGCUAUAAGACUGUUCAUCCCGUGGAGCUUGUUUGGCGCGAUGCACUGGAGGUUGUCAAGCAACUAUUCAGCGACCCAACUUUUGCAAACCACAUGACCUUUCACCCUCACGUCGCUAACGUCGAAAAUAAGUGUGAAUAUGGAGACUAUAUGAGUGCCGAUAUGGCAUGGAAAAUUCAGGACCAUCUCCCGUUGGGUGUGACUCAAGUCCCAAUAAUCUUAGGAUCCGACAAAACUCCCAUAAUGCGACUUACCGGAGGAAUUGAGAUGCACCCGGUCUUCGUUACCAUCGGUAACAUUGAUUCUGAGGUUCAUUCCAAAGCAACAUUACGAGCUUGGCGCUGCAUAGCCUACAUCCCUGUCGUCAAGUUCCGUGUCCAUCCAGAUUACCAGUCUAUUCUCCAAGCCAGACUGUGGCAUAAGUGUAUGGACCUUGUUUGCGCCAACCUCAAGGCCGCAGCGAAGGAUGGCUGCUUUAUGCCCAAUCCUUCCCGUUACAUUUGUCAUGUGUUUACGCCGCUCGUCGCUCAUGUGUGCGACCUACCAGAGGCUACUAUGAUUGCUGCAGUCAGCAAAAACUCAUCCCCGCUGACUAUGACAACACAAGCGGAUUUUGGCGAUGGAAUUCUCCACCCCCCUCCGGCCAAAGCCGUUAAUCUAUCUGGUGUUCAUAUGCCACACUGGCACGAUUGGAUGUUUGCAUGUCCGUCCGUUUUUCUCGCCGGUGAAGUGCUGCACACUUGCCAUAAAUUCUUCGCGGAUCAUCUACUGAAAUGGAUCAAAGAAAUUGUAGGACAUUAUGAGCUUGAUACUCGCUUCAUGAUGACAGGCCACGAGCAUAGAGACAUCCAAUGCACUAUCGUUGCAUCAAUCGCAGGGGUCGUUCCACCCAGAUUCAUUCGUGCAAUUCGUGCCCUCAUGGAGUUCUUUUACCUCGCACAGAAUCCGGUUCACUCACCUCAAUCACUUCAGUCAAUGGUUCAGGCGCUUUCAGAUUUCCACUCUUUCAAGGACACUAUUGUCCAGGCCGAGGCAAGGAAGGGGAAGAAGGGUAUCAAAGAGGAUUUUUUCAUCCCCAAACUCGAGCUUCUGCAGAGCUUCGAUGGUACAAUUAAGAAAUUGGGCACUUUGAUGCAGUUCUCUGCUGACGUGACGGAGCGGCUACUUAUCACACAUUGCAAGGACCUUUUCCCGCGGACGUCCCAACAAAUCAAAGAUUUUAUGGAGCAGUGCGUGCGGAUUCUUAAUCGCCAAGAAUCUAUGGAAAUGUUCGGCCUGUACACGCUGCUGACUUCUCGCGGGGCGUCACUGGUUAAUGCCAUACAUGCCGAAGAUGAAGAUAUCACAACUACCAAUCCUGCACUCUCCUGGGUUUCCCGAGUUCUUCCUGAUGAAGUCAGGUCAAUCCAUGGUCCCCGACCAGUCCGUAAUCACUUCCUCAAAGGUAUUCUCUCUGAGGAUGCGCUCACCACUUUUCAACUCAAUGUCGCACCUGAUUACAAAUCACUCUCACUGUCUGAAAUACGCAGGAAAUAUGCAGUCCUCGACUUUGAUCGUGCGCUCGCCAACUUCAUUUGUCAUUCCUCGGUUUCCAGUGGUGAACAUUCCCGCUGGGACCCCAAAUAUGGGCGUUUCCAGGUAUGGCACAAGUUUCGAUUGCAACUUCACUCGGCCUUCCAGCCCGAUGAUUUCCCCUUGGGAAAUUGUGAUUCUGUUCUCAUUGAUGCCAUGGGCACUAACGGCAAAAUGACGAGUUAUAUCGCACAGGUUCAACUCAUUUUUCAACCAAUCGUUCGACGAGGUUCCAACCUGGAACUACCGUUGUAUCUCUCCGACCCACUGCUCUACAUCCAAUUUUUCUGCUUCAUUUCUAGCCCUGAUGAUCGUCCCGAGCUCACGAUGUGGACUGUGGAGCGCGCAUACACGCAGGACGAAAACGGUAACCACUAUGUGACGCAUGCAGUUGAAUUAAUUCCAGUUUAUGGCGAGGCAGUGGCUAACAGCGUGUCCUCUGCGACUUGUUUGGAACACUAUGAAUGUUUCUUUCUGAAUAGCUUCGCGGACAAGGAGAGUUAUCAUAUGUUCAGUACCAAGUUUGUAUAG